GAGAGAGAGAGAGAGAGAGAGGAGGAGGGCCUGAAGCCAAUGAUUUAGGGUUUCCCUCCAAAUUGCAAAACCAAAACCGAAGAAAAUCCAGAAUAAACAGGAAACAGAAAUCCCCGUAAUUAAAGAUAAACUAAAAGAAAAACAUUAAACACAAAACAAACAACAUACCAGAAAAUCGACAACGAAACCAAAAUACCAAAUGUGAAAAGACGUCAAAAAAAGUAAGACACCGACAAAGGUCGACGUUGUUUACUAUUUUGGAAAGACGUGUCCUUCGCCGUUGAAACCCCCAACAAUCUCGUUGCUCCUCUCUCUCUCUCUCUCUCUCUCUCUGUUUUUCUUUGCUGUAUAAUCCCGCUGUUUAUACAGCAUAUGCUUUUUCUCCCUCUCGCUCUCCCCACAGGGCCACCAACCUUGUUGCCUGCUCGUUUUCUCCACCCAACUCGGCCAUGAUUUUCCCACAAAACCCACAUUUCUAAUCCAAGUUAUUAGCAAUUAUUCCAAAAACUCGGGUUUUGUCUGGACAAGGGUGGCUGUUGUCUGUCGGGUCCGAUCCAAACAAUUUUUUUUUAUUUCAAAGAUUGAAUUUUCGAGUUGUUUUCAAUCUGGGUUUGGUUAAGUGACCUUAAAAUUUUCGAAAUGGCGGCAACAGCAAGGACAAGGAUGGCCGUGUUGGUUGGUUUUGUGGUUUUGUUCGCAUUGGCAUUAAAUGUGUCGGGUAACAUGGUGUUUCCGGUGAGCCAUAAGUUCAAGGGUGCUGGGAAGCAAGUGUCUUUGAGUGCAUGGAAAGAGCAUGAUGCUCGCCGCCACCGGAGGCUUCUCGCCGGCUCAGACUCCGCUAUCGAUUUGCAAUUAGGUGGCAAUGGCCAUCCUUCUGAAGCCGGGCUCUACAUUGCGAAAAUCGGACUUGGCUCCCCUUCAAAGGACUUUCAUGUGCAAGUUGAUACCGGAAGUGACGUUUUAUGGGUGAAUUGUGCAGAGUGCAGCGAUUGUCCUACUAAAAGUAAUCUUGGUUUUAAGCUCACAAUGUACGAUCCGAAGAGCUCUUCAACUUCAAGCAAGGUUACGUGUGAUCAAGAGUUCUGCACUUCCUCAUUCAAAGGUAAACUUCCUGAUUGCAAGGCAGAUAUGCUUUGCAAUUAUAGUAUCUCAUACGGAGAUGGAAGCACAACUGCUGGUUACUAUGUCAAGGACAAUAUCCAACUUGAUAAAGUCACUGGAAACCAUCAAACAACCUCAACAAAUGGAACCAUAGUAUUCGGGUGUGGAGCUAAACAAUCUGGGAAUCUUGGUAAAUCUCCCGGAGCAGUUGAUGGGAUACUUGGUUUUGGACAGGCAAAUGCAUCCGUGAUCUCGCAGCUAUCUUCUUCUGGAAUGGUGAAAAAAGAAUUCGCACACUGCUUGGAUAACGUGAAAGGUGGUGGAAUCUGGGCACUUGGGGAAGUGGUGGAACCAAAAGUGAAAAACACAACUCCGCUGAUACCAAAUCUGCCACAUUACACUGUUACGGUGAAGUCCAUUGAGGUGGGUGGCGAUGUUGUAGAUCUUCCAACAGAUUUAUUUGGCCUUUUUGAAGACAGGAACGGGGCAGUAAUUGACAGUGGAACAACCUUGGCUUAUCUUGCGCCGGAGGUUUAUGAACCUUUUAUGAAAAAGAUAUAUGCUCGACAGUCUGGAUUGAAAAAACAUAUUGUUGACAAGCAGUUUACAUGUUUUGAGUAUUCCGGAAAUGUAGACAAUGGGUUUCCCGUUGUGAAGUUUAAUUUUAAGAAUUCUGUGGUGUUGACUGCAUAUCCUCAUGAGUAUCUGUUCCGGUUAAAGGAUGAUGUCUGGUGUUCUGGUUGGCAACCCAACUCCAUGAAAUCUAAAGGCGGAAAGUCCAUGACUAUUCUGGGAGAUUUGGUACUUUCGAAUAAGCUAGUCUUGUAUGAUAUCGAAAACCAGGCCAUUGGGUGGACUGACUACAACUGCACUUCAAGUAUCAAACUGAAAGAUGAGAAGUCAGGGCAGGCGUACUCGGUCGGUGCCCACAAUCUUUCUUCAGCUUCGGGUCCGAUAAUCGGAAGGUUAUUGGCAUUCUUCUUGUUAGUGAUUUCCAUGCUGCAAAUAUUGGCUUAAUUCAACAACUAGUGUCACAGCAGCCCUUUCAUUCCUUGCCCUUGAUCUGUCUUUCCAGGUGGUGAUGGUUUCUUUAUUUUUAUCUAUUUUUCUCGGAUGAGCUUGUAUGCG